AUGUCAGAGCUCCAGCAAGAGGAGGCGCUACCGGGACAGGGUCCGCAGCAGAGCAUAGGGGGAGAGGAGACGUCGGGUGUUCGGUGUUGCGUGUCAUGGGAUGAACCACAAGCUGUCAGUGACACCGUGCUGAUCCUGCUCGGAGUAGACGUCCGUGAGCAGAUGAUGAUUGACCGGAUCGAAGGACACAACGUGCACAAGAUCUGGCGCUAG